AUGGCGGCCAACAACGCUCCAGGGUCGGGUCGUGGAGGCCUGUCGCUGUACGCCAACCUCCUCGACCCAAAAAGUGCUGCGCCCGGUACCAUCUCAAGUGCGCCGGUGUCUUACUCUGCGAAUGCGGAGAAUUCGCCUGAUCAAGAUGAAGCUGCAAAGAAGCAGCAGGCUCUCGCCGCCUCCUUAAGAUUUCAACCCACAAAAAGACCACAAAUUGCCAACCAGAAAGCAAAAGCAAAAGCGAUUGCGGCCAAAUUCGCUCCUCCAUCCUCCGCCUCUCCUGCUCCUUCUACCACACAGACCGAAUCCAAAGAGAGCGUGCCCACAACCACGCCUACACCACAACCAUCUGCCCCGAGAACCACUGCCGCAGACUGGACGGCGACUGCAUCAGAUGACGAGGAUGUUAGCAACUUCUAUGCCGUAGAAAAGCGACAACGUGGAGGGCGCAAGAAGCGCAAGAAAAACAAGGAGGCGGUUCAGAUCGUCCAAGACUGGGAUGAUAUCUAUGACCCAAGCAGACCAAACAAUUACGAGGAGUACAAGCAGAGUGAAGAGAAGAUUCGCGAGGUCAGGGAAUGGAAAGACCUUCUGUAUAGACAUCGUAUGAGAAGAAAGGGCUCUAGUGAGUCUGAAGACGAAGAUCGUUAUCGGUCUAUGAACCGGCAAUUUGCUCCGCCGCCCAUGUCGUUUGCACCUCCGUCGAAUCUCAAUGACGAAAGUCCACCUCCGCCGCCACCACCAUCAGCCCCGAUUCCCGAUGAUGCCACCGGCGAGGACGCAUAUUUGCGACGGAUGCGGAUGGCUCAAGGACUGCCGCAACCGCCACCACCUCCACCCCCGGAUGUGAAUCCCCCACCUGGGCAGAUAUCCAGGGCUCCCGUGCGGUAUAACUUGCCAGCCGCUCCGGAAGAAAUUCCAUCUUCCGAAGUUGAACUAGAUGGCAAGCUUGCUGAGUCUGGUCCUGGCGAGGACGAGGGCACCGAUCAGCCUCGAUCAAACCGGCCCGGCCAAGCAGGGUUUGCGGAGCGCCUCAUGGCCAAGUACGGGUGGAGCAAAGGGCAAGGCUUGGGUGCUCAAGGCACUGGCAUCAUCAAUCCACUAUAUGCAAAGGCCGAUAAGCGGAAAAAGAAAUCGGACGCCGAAGGAGGCGGCUUUGCGACGCCAGCGAGUACAGGCAAGAUUCUUGGCGGCAAUAAAUCCAAAGCGGCCCAAGCAGAAGAAGAGGGUAAAUUUGGAGCAAUGUCCGAGGUCAUUCGGUUGGAAGGGAUGCUGAAUGGCUUAGACCUUGAUGAAGAGCUAACUCGCGGAGAAGGAGGCAUUUUGCAAGAGAUUGGGGAAGAGUGUGGUGAGAAGUAUGGAAGUGUCGAGCGCGUCUACAUCCAUCGGCCGGAGACCGAAGGUGAAGAUGCGCUGGUGUUUGUGCACUUUGUCAGUCAGCUCAGUGCUCUGAGAGCGGUCAAUGCCCUGGAAGGGCGUAUCUUCAACGGCAAUCCGAUCAAGGCAAAGUUUUGGCCCAAGGAGAGAUUCGAUGCUCGAGAUUAUGUCUGA